CUAAUACAAACACAUACAAAUUAACCACUAAAUUAAAAAUGAUUCAAAAAUUCUCUUAAUUUUCCUGGCUAUGUGCGUAUUUAUAUUGAUUUUUUGCUCGGACUUACGUGUUGCGGAACAAAACGUAGCAAAAAGCAACAACAACCGGCUCAGCAUCAGUUGUUGAGGCGCAGUCGUUAGCAGCGUCGACGCUGACGCCGAUGUCGAUGCCGACGCCGACAGAGGCUAAGCAGCUCAUAUUUUACCAAUAAGAAUUUUGCGCAGUACUCAACUGUGGCCAAUAGGAAAACAAACGUAGUUGCAGGCAGAAGUCUUACUAGAUAAACAAAACGUAGCAAACGGAGAAGUGCACUAAUUCAGGGAGCGAGCGCAAGACAAUGUGGAUAACGUGGAAGUUAUUGAAACAAAAAGUGUAACCAACAACCUGAUGAGCAGAACGAAUCAACUUGUACUGGUGCGCCAUGGCGAGAGCGAGUUCAAUCUGAAGAAUCUGUUUUGCGGCUGGCACGAUGCGCCGCUCAGCGCGGGUGGCCUGGAAGAGGCGCGUAUUUUGGCCGCUGCCAAUUUGAACGAGGCCAACAUGGUAUUCGAUAAGGUUUACUGCUCGAAGCUGUGUCGAUCGAGGACAACUGUGGAAGCUAUAUUAAGCGAAAUGCAGUGCUCGUUUUUGCCCAUCGUGUCCGAUUGGCGACUGAAUGAGCGGCACUAUGGCAACCUGACAGGAGUCAAUAAGCGCGUGCUGGCCAAUCAGUAUGGCGAGGAGCAGGUACAGUUCUGGCGGCGCAACUACGACGGCUUACCGCCGCCCAUCAAUGAGUCGAAUAUCUAUUACUACCAGAUCGCCAACAAUCCUGCCUUUUUGGAUGUGCCACCCAAUGAAUUUCCCCUCACCGAAUCCAUGCGCAUGUGUGUGGAUCGUGUCGCCCCCAUUUGGUUAGAGAUCAAAAAAGAAGUCCUAAUGGGGGCACGUAUCUUGCUCGUCGUCCAUGGAACCGUUGCCAGAGCUCUGAUUAAGCAUAUCGAAGGUUUCUCCGAAGAGCAAAUCGAAAAGGUCAACAUUCCCAAUAGUGUGCCAAUUGUAUACGAGUUCAAUAUGAAGUCCGGACAGCUCGUUGGGGAUGUCAAGUACUUGGGCGAUAGCCAAUAUAUUGAGAAAAUGAAGAAGAAAGUCGCAGCUAUCGGCGAUUGAGAACAUCAUUUUCUUUAUGCAAACUUUUGUAAAAACCCAAGUAUUUAAAAUUAAGACAAUAUUAUGUAAUAUUAACUAUUUAUCCGAC